CUCUCCAUGAAGGAGGUGGGGGACGGGCUGCAGCAGCAGAUGAACUGCAUGAUGGGUGCCCUGCAGGAGCUGAAACUCCUCCAGGUGCAGACGGCGCUGGAGCAGUUGGACAUCUCGGGGAGCUGUGGCGCCAUUCCUGGCACCGAGCAGCGCCGAUGCUGCCAUCCCGAGGCCCGUGAGGACAUUUAUCACCCACAAGGACCUUCCUCUGGUCCCGUCAGAGUGGGGCACAUCCGCCCGAGCACACCCGAGCCCAGCAGCCAGGGCACGGCCCGGGGUUGGCCUCCGUGCCAGGAGUGCCCUGGGUGCGAUGAUGGCCAUGACUGGACGUCCUCCCUCAUGUCCCAGAGCAGGAAUCGGCAGCCGCUGGUCCUGGGGGACAACGUCUUUGCAGACUUGGUUGGGAACUGGUUGGAUCUGCCAGAGCUGGACAAGAAGGGGGAGAAGAGCGAGGAGUCCUUGUCCACGAGCAGGUCCCAGGAGCUCUGCAGGAAGUUCUCCCUCACAGCCAACAUCUUCAAGAAGUUCCUGAGGAGUGUUCGGCCGGACCGGGACAGGCUCCUCAAGGAGAAGCCGUGCUGGCUCCCACCAGAAGACAAACAGUCCGAAAUUUCCAAGAGACCCAAAAAGGUGAACAAACUCAAGGGGACAUUUUACUUCCCACUUCACGGGAAUGUCCAGAACCAUCACAGCAAAGCAGAGCGGUGCCCAAAGGCAGAAAGCAAUAGCGAGAAACCCAGAAUGGGCACCAAGAAAGUCCAGGAUACCAUAGACUACAGCCAGUCUGGGUUUGACAUCAACACAGCCGUCUGGGUCUGA